UUCACUCCAUAAAAAAUGGCCCUACUCUAUAUCCUUCCUCUCCUCCUCCACCUCAUCUGCCCAAUUACCACCGUCUCCUCCGUCGGGAUAAACUAUGGCACACUGGGAAACAACCUUCCUUCACCAAAAACAGUAGCCCAACUCCUCCAAUCCACUCUCAUUGACAAGGUCAAGAUCUACGACUCCAACCCUCAAAUCCUCCAAGCCUUCUCCAACUCCGGUAUAGACCUCAUAGUCGCCGUCGAGAACAACCAUGUUGCUAACAUAAGCUCCACCAAGUCCGCCGCCCAGGACUGGUUCUCAGCCCGUAUCGCCCCUUUCAUCCCCGCCACCUCCAUUGUCGCCAUUGCUGUCGGCAACGAAUACUUAGCCACAGAUGACGACAGCCUUGACCCUAAUAACCUUAUCCAAGCUAUGCAAAACCUACACGAAGUCUUGUUAACCCGUGGACUUGACCGGAAAAUCAAGAUCUCAACCCCACAUAGCAUGGCGGUGUUAGCCACCUCAUUUCCACCGUCUGCCUCCACCUUUGCCACCACACUCAUGCCAACAAUGACCUCCAUUGUUACUUUCCUAGCCGACACCGGCUCACCGUUCAUGGUCAAUGCCUACCCUUACUUCGCCUACCGGGACAACCCUACCACAGUCCCACUAGAAUACGCGCUACUCGGGAACUCCACCGGGGUCCACGACCCUAGCGGAUAUGUCUACACAAACAUGUUAGACGCACAGAUCGACGCGAUCAGGUCAGCGAUCGCGUCGCUUGGAUUCGGAAACAGAUCGAUUCAUAUCACUGUUUCCGAAUCCGGAUGGCCGUCAAAAGGCGAGCCUGACGAAACAGCAGCUUCGCCGGACAAUGCGAAAACCUACAACACUAGGUUAAUCACCAAGGCCCAAUCCAACAAAGGAACCCCAAUGAAACCUAACGACAAAAUAGACAUAUUUGUGUUUGCUUUAUUUAAUGAAAACAAGAAAGAAGGAGGAGCAAGUGAGAGAAACUUUGGACUCUUCAAUGGGGAUGGUUCGAAGGUUUAUGAUGUGGACUUGAGUUGUGAGUUUUGUAGUGGAACCAAAAUGGAGUUUGGGUUCGGACCAGGGUCGAAGAUGGUUCAAAGGGGUCCAUCGGUUUGGUGUGUGGCUAAGCCACAUGCCGAUGAGAGGGUGGUUCAGGGUGUUUUGGACUUUUGUUGUGGGGCAGGUGGUGUGGAUUGUAGGGAGGUUUAUGAAAAUGGGGGGUGUUUUAUGCCGAAUAAGGUUCAUGCACAUGCAUCGUAUGCAAUGAAUGCGUAUUAUCAAAUGCAUGGAAGAAAUUAUUGGAAUUGUGAUUUUAAAGGAAGUGGUCUAGUCACCUUCAGUGACCCAAGUUAUGGAACAUGCAGAUACUCCCAACAGUAGCAAGAAAGGGUGGAAGGCAAAUGAAAGGCUAUAUAUAUUAUGGCCAUAUGGUUCGAUAUUCAAGC